AUGGCAGUGCGAACUAGGUUUGUGAAGGCAGCUCUUGGUUUAAUGGCGAUUUGCUUGGCGGCAUACAUAGUGGGGCCCCCUCUGUACUGGCACUUAAUGGAGGGGUUGGCCUCGGCCUCCGCCUCAGCCACUUGCCCGCCCUGCAACUGCGACUGUGAUUCUGUGCCCCUUCUCUCCAUUCCUCAAGGGCUGAAUAAUUCUUCCUUUACAGAUUGCGCGAAGCACGAUCCAGAUGUGAAUGACGAUACCCAGAAGAACUUUGCUGAGCUAUUGUCAGAGGAACUAAAGCUGCGAGAAGCUGAGGCUUUGGAACAUCAACAGCGUGCUGACAUGGCAUUGCUCGAGGCUAAAAAGAUGACCUCCCAAUACCAGAAAGAGGCUGACAAGUGUAAUUCCGGAAUGGAGACAUGUGAGGAGGCAAGAGAAAAAUCGGAAGCUGCUUUAUUAGCACAAAAACAACUAACAACCUUGUGGAUGUCAAGGGCACGUCAAAGAGGUAGUGGGGAAAAGAGUAUGGACUUAAAAUCUAUUUCAUCUCUGAUUGUUUUGAGGCUAUACUUGAAAAGAUACUUUAAGCAGUUCGACACCAACGACCCCCCAGACCCACUCUUGGGCCCGUUCGACACCAACGGGCCCCCAGACACCCACUCUUGGGAACGUUCGACGGGUAAAGAGAAUGGAUCGAGGUAA